AUGAAAGACAAUAAUAAAACAAAAAUACCCCUAUUUGAAUUAUCAACUGGCCUUUCCUUAGAUUCUUCAUUAGUGGAACCAUCUAAAUAGAGGAUGUAUGAUAAUCUAGAGAUGUUUAGAAAAGAAUAUUAGAGGCAAGUUUAGAGAAAAAUGGGCUAAAAAAAAUAAAUAAAAAAACGAUAAGGAAGAAAGUCUCGAGAUUUCACUACAUAAGAGGAUUAACAGCUUUUAAGUUUAAUACUAUUGUUUGGACCAAAGUUUAAAACUAUUUCAAGAAAGAUGUCUGGUCGCCCUUUAAAUAUUCUUAAAAAUCGAUACUAUAGGGAUUUAAGAUACAGAUGGAGUGAGUUAAUGGGAGAGUAAUUCUUAUUAUAAUAAUAAUAUAGGGAAUAUGCUUAUUUGAAUGAAAAAAAAGAAGAUCUAACUUUGGAUUCGAUUUGGAAAAAUACUUCCCUUGAUUCUGAUCUUUCAAAUAUAAUGAAAAAUAUGGUAAUGCAAUUACAAAAUGUGAUUAAAUAAUGCUUGGAUGGAAAAGUCCUAUGA